AUGGUGCGCCAGUUCAGAUUUGUUGCCGUCUCAAAUCCGGUGGAAGCCCCUUCAUCCGCGUCGAAGAAAUUGGCCUACUCCCAUGCCUUUCGCCAGGCACACGCCGAGAGAAGGCGUGAGCAAACAGAGAAGUACAGAAGAGAGAUAGCCAGUAUCCCGGUGACCAAGGUCUGCACUGCAUCCGAUGAAGUUGUCUCGAGCCCUCCGAGCCAAGUGCUCAGCAGCAACAAAGACCCGUUCUCGUCCUUGGCGAGACCGCUCUCUCCGGUGGAAUAUUUCCUACUUGAUCACUACGUCCACGUAGUCGUGCCAUUCACUGUUGGCCACUGCGGCCUAUUCGACCAUCCAGGAGACAAUGAGACGCAACUGCUUCGGGAAUGGGCUAGUCUCGCAAUCACCGACGACGCGCUCAUGACCGCCGCCAUCUUCUUG